GUUCAUUUUUUGAAAGUCAGACACUGAUUGGCUGUUUGUGAGGAAACGUCGUUUUAAACUGGGGGCGGCAGAAGAAUCGGUUUGAAUCUAGAGAAUCCAGCCUUCCACCACGAACUGAACACCGGAGUCGGACUAGCAGCAUUCAUGGCCUCCCAGAAUAUGGACCCCGCCGCGGCUGCAGCUUCCUCCACGGCCGCUCUGAAAGGCAGCGAAAGCAGUGGCAACGCGACCAGAGGCUCGGUGACCAAACGGUUGCAGCAGGAGCUGAUGACUCUCAUGAUGUCGGGUGAUAAGGGCAUCUCUGCUUUUCCAGAAUCGGAUAAUCUCUUCAAAUGGGUCGGAACCAUCGAUGGAGCCCAAGGAACAGUGUACGAAGGCCUCCGGUACCGUCUGUCUCUGGAGUUUCCAGCUGGGUAUCCGUACCAUGCUCCUCGGGUAAAGUUCGUCACUCCGUGUUUCCAUCCCAAUGUGGACGAUCAGGGCUUCAUCUGUCUCGACAUCCUGAAGGACAAGUGGUCGGCACUGUACGAUGUUCGUUCUAUCCUGCUGUCCAUCCAGAGUCUACUGGGAGAACCAAACAACGAGAGUCCUCUGAACACGACCGCAGCAGAACUGUGGAGCAACCAAGGUGCCUUCAAAGCUCACCUGCACGCUACCUUCCAGAAGUGAAGCAGUCCCAGCUUUUCUUCUUCUGUCUGUUUUGUUUGUAUAAUAUUUUUAUGUUUGUUUACAUUGUUGUGUCAAUAAAGUUCUUAAUUCAA